AUGAGACUCAGAAAUCAAUCUGAAGUCUCUGAGUUCAUCCUCCUUGGUCUUUCAGAUCAGCCAGAACAACAGAGUCUCCUGUUCUUCCUGUUUCUGCUUAUAUACCUGAUCACAGGUGUAGGGAAUCUUCUCAUCAUAGUAGUCAUUAGAACCAACUCAUGCUUCCAUACACCCAUGUACUUCUUCCUUAGCAACUUGUCCCUGGUUGACAUCUGCUUCACCACCACCACCAUUCCCAAGAUGCUGGUAAAUCAUAUUUCUGGAAACAAAGCAAUUUCUUAUGCUGGGUGCCUGACACAAGUAUUCUUCUUCAUUUGGUUUGCAGGGAUAGACAGUGUCCUUCUCACUGUCAUGGCCUAUGACCGCUAUGUAGCUAUCUGUGCCCCGCUACAUUACUCCAUGAUCAUGACCCCAAAGGUCUGUACACUUUUGGUAGUUGUUUCCUGGGUUUGGGCCUAUAUUACUGCUUUGUUACAUACUGUCCUGCUAACUCGACUCUCCUUCUGUGGCCCAAAUGAAAUUCCUCAUUUUUUCUGUGACCUCAGUCCCCUGCUGAAGUUGGCCUGUUCCAACACUUUUAUCAAUGACUUAAUGGUCAACACAGUUGGGGCACUAAUAAUCAUCAUCCCUUUCAUUGGUAUCCUUAUCUCCUACACUCGAAUUUUUGUGACUGUUCUGAAGAUCCCAUCUACUGUGGGGAAGUGGAAAGCCUUAUCCACUUGUGGCUCCCAUCUCACUGUGGUCUGUCUCUUCUAUGGGACAGUCAUUGGUGUGUACUUUAGCCCCAUAUCCAACCAUACAGCCCAACAGGACACAAUAGCAGCUGUAAUGUACACAGUGGUCACCCCCAUGCUAAAUCCUUUCAUCUACAGCCUAAGGAACAAGGAUAUCAAAAGAGCUCUGAAGAUGCACCUCACCAGGAAACCAGUCCUCUCUCUAUAA